AUGAGCUCGAGUUGUACGAAAGAAGAAGUUGAUGCUAUACUGAUACAAUGUGGGAAGCUGAGUCGGAGCAACUCCGCCACUAAAACAAGAAGAUACUUCGGCUCCAAGAGGAGCUUCAAUUUUGACAAGAACAAGAGGAUCCAAGUCAGUGGCGAUGUGGAGGAGAAGGAGAUCGAGAGGAAGACGCACCGGGAGAUAGUGAAUAAUGGUUCGCCUCGUGAACAGAGAAGACAAACUCCGAGCACAAAAAGAGAAGACAAAUUUGGCACUUCUGUAAAUCCGACUAACAUUAGACCCAGCAAGUUUGUUACGGUUCCGGCGACAGACAAGAGCAGCAACAGAGAGYCAUCAAUCAAACGAAUUACUCUUAAGAGAAAGAUCAGAGAAGCUUGUAGAACCGCUGCGACAAGUAACGUUCAGCCACAACCACCGUCGCUGACCCGAAGCUGUUCACGGAAGGCACAACAAUCACCGUAUAGAAGGAAUCCAUUGGGAGAAAUUGAUCAAAAUUCGUUAAAAGGAGACAAAAUUGGAUCUUGUAACACCAAUUGCAACAAGCAGACAGAAAACGAAUCUUCGAAACCUAAUAGGAGGAAGACGAUUAUAGCUUCAAGCCCUCAAGUGAUAAGCAGAAGCAGAUCUUUGAGGAAAUCAUGA